AUGUUACAUUUCGAAAAAGGUGAAUCGAGCAGUGAAACAAGUGCUGCGGCACCUCAAGAGUCAAAAACUCUAUCUUCUUGUUGCGUUAAUGUAAAAAACGAUGGAGUCUUGUCCACAGCAUCCGUGCUGGUAGCAAAUUCGGAUAAACAAUUGAAGACAGCUCGCAUUGUUUUAGACAAUGGUUCUCAAAUCGGCCUUAUUACAGAAAAACUCUGUGACUCCCUCAAUCUUCAGAAAAUUCCAAUAGAUGUGACGUUAAGCGUAGUAAACAAUCUUUCUUCCAGUGUCAAGUAUAGAUGCAACGUUCAAAUUCUCUCAAGACAAAAUAAUUUUGAGUUUAAGCUUCCCUGUCUUGUCGUUCCGGAGAUCACAACUCAUUGUCCAAAUUCGAAAAUUAGCACAAUCGCCGCAAAGAUUCCUUCUCAUCUCAAUUUAGCAGAUCCUGAAUUUGACAAGGCCGGAAAAAUUGAUAUAUUAAUAGGAAAUAACAUCUUUUGGACUUUGAUUUGUAUAGGUCAAGUAAAAUUAAAUGGUCAAAGUUUGCUUUUACAAAAAACUAGAUUGGAGUUAGAAGAGCAUUUGGAUAAAAAAUCGAAGUCCAUUGAUGAGAACUUGUGCGAAUCUCUUUUUAGCAAAACUGUAAAGAGAGAUGCAAAUGGCAGAUUCAUUGUCACAAUCCCCUUGAAGGGUAACCUUGAUCAGUUGGGUGAAUCCAAAGAACAAGCUGAGCGUUGUUUCUUGAAUUUAGAAAGAAAAUUAGAAAGAAAACCUGAACUCAAAAAAGAGUAUACUGCCUUCAUGACUGAAUACGAAAAACUAGGUCACAUUUCGAAAGAACUGGACGAAUCCUAUUCUCCUGUGUCUUAUUACAUGCCUCAUCAUUGUGUGGUUAGAAACGAUAGUCUCUCAACGAGAGUUCGUGUAGUAUUUGAUGCGUCUGCACCCACAGCAAGUGGUGUAUCUCUCAACGACCUUCAAAUGGUCGGACCCUUGCUACAAGAUGAUUUGUUCUCGAUUUUAAUUCGCUUUAGAAAACAUGCGUACUUUUUAGGCGCAGACAUUGAGAAAAUGUACCGUCAGGUAUUAGUUACACCAGAGCAGCGUCCUCUUCAAAGAAUAUUAUGGCGUCCUGAUCCAAACCAAACUUCCAAACGUAGCUUAAAGUGGCUAGCUCAUUCUGAUCAUCUGACUUAUUCGGUAACUGUUUCGGACAAUAACAAAAUCACAAAAAGACAAAUUUUGUCAGAUAUAUCGCUGAUUUUCGAUCCUUUAGGUCUUUUAGGUCCUUGCAUCAUCUUGGCCCAAAUUCAACUACAAAAACUUUGGCUUGAAAAACUCUCGUGGGACGAAAGUCUACUUGCCGAAGUUCAUUCGCAAUGGACAGAGUACAGGAAUCAACUUCCGACUCUGAACUCGAUCAAGGUUCCUAGACAUAUUAUUUGUUCAAGUGCUGUAAACAUUCAAUUGCAUGGAUUCUCCGAUGUUGCACUCAAUGCAUACGGAGCUUGUGUUUAUCUCAGAUCAGAGGACAAAGAAGGAAAUGUUUGCAUUCAACUUAUUUGUUCUAAAUCUAGGGUCGCACCAUUAAAAACACAAACUAUAGCUCGAUUAGAACUUUGCGGGGCUCUUGAAUUGGCCAAAUUGGUUUCCAAAGUUAAAACUGCUCUGGAUCUAUCCGUUGAUGAUAUUUAUUAUUGGUCUGUUUCCACAAUAGUUUUGUUCUGGCUUAGAACGCAAUCUAAGACCCUUGAAACUUUUAUUGCAAAUAGAGUUGGUCGGAUUCAGGAAUUAACUGAUAUCGAAUUCUGGAAACAUGUUCGUAGCGAAGAUAAUCCAGCAGAUUGCAUUUCCCGUGGUAUCGCACCAAGUCUUCUUGAAGGUGCUAAGUUAUGGUGGAAAGGUCCACCAUUUCUUUUUAAGGAUAAAUCAGAUUGGCCUUCAAUGCCAUCUCUUUCUCAUGAUGUGCCAGGGCUCAGGAAACGGUGCAAUAUAGCAGUCAAAGUAGAAAACGUAGACUUUUCGAUUUUUGAACGAUACCAAAGCUUGCCUCAGCUGAUAAGAGUUAUAGCUUAUUGUAAAAGAUUUUCAAAUAACUGUAAACCUAAGGAAAAUAAAUUAAGUGGACAUCUACGUUCAUUUGAACUUGCUGAAUCUAAAAUUGCUCUUGCGAAGCUAUCACAAAGAAAUUCUUUCCCAGAGGAAAUAAAAAUGCUUUCUCGAAUGACCCCGAUAACAAAGGGGAAACUAGCGUCGCUGAAUCCUUUUUUGGAUGAUCGCGGAAUUUUGAAAGUCGGUGGCUCCAUGCUGGUCCUCAAUUACUUUUUUUCCUCGAUCCGUGAACAUUUUUGGCCUUUGGGAGGAGGAAAUUUGGCUAGAAAGGUGGUUAGGAAUUGCGUCAUGUGCUUUAGAGUCAAUCCAAGAGGAAGUACUCCGAUGAUGGGUAAUUUGCCCAAACAGAGAGUAUCUCCUUCACCACCUUUCUAUACUACUGGCGUAGACAAUGCUGGGCCCUUCCUCAAAGGGAUAGAAAAGGUCGAGGCGCUAAGACUAGCAAAUGUUACGUAA